CUGCUGCUGCAGCAUCAGGUCCGGUCGGAGCGGUUCUUUCUUCAGUUGUUCGCACGCUGCCGAACGUCCAAGAGGUCCGCAGAGGCCUUAUAUUGCGCGCGCGCGUUUUUAAAACUCACGUGGUUCUGUUUUCCCGGCGUUUUUCGCAGUUUUCUUAGGUUGGCACGUGGCUGGCAGGAUGUUGGGUCGUUGUUUCUGAUCUGCCAAAAUGUAUCCUCACAUCACCUGAACUAAUUGGCUGUCCAAAAAAAAACCUAUCUCGUCAUGGUGGCCACCAAAAUGUAGAGUCAUGUUAUAUCACUCUCCUGGAUAUCAUACCGACAACAUCAGGGUCAUAGACAAGGCUAGUGGGGAUGCCUAUCACAGACGAAGAUCUGUCAAUCAGUGAUGCUGACAGACCUAGAAGGAGUAACCUAUCGAGAAGUCGUUCUUUGCCGCAGCUGUCUCACCAUGAUUCUGGCUUGGGAAGCUAUUAUGGGGGUUCAGGAGUGGACGAACCCCCCGUCAGUCGAGCCGCCCGGCUAGUGGCCGAUCUCAGACAACUCCUGACUCUCAAACAGCACUACUACCCCGAAGGGGGUUGGGGUUGGAUUGUCCUGAUCAUCGCAGUGAUCGUGCACAUGCUGAAUCAAGGGCUCAUCACGUCUAUAGGGAUAUUUUACCUUGAGGUGCGGAAGAAGUUCGGUCCAACGGCUGCUGCAGGAUGGGUGGGAGCAAUGUCAACAGGAGUGGCACUACUGAUAUCACCUGUCACUAUAGCGUUUUGCAGGAGGAAAUCAACAAGAGUGACAGCUGUUAUGGGAGGGCUCAUAACUGCCUUAGGUUGCCUAUUUACGUCUUUUGCAACUCAGUUUCACCAACUGUUUUUCAGUUACGGAGCCUUUGUGGGGAUCGGAGUCGGCAUAACGAGGGACUGUUCCACGCUGAUGGUAGCUCAAUAUUUCAAGAGAAAACGAGAGUUUGUCGAGAUUUUUAUCGUGUCAGGCAGCGGACUCGGAAUUGCGACCAUGUCGACGAUGAUUAAGAGUGCUGUUGGAGCUCUUGGCUGGCGUCUGGGUCUCCAACUGGUAACUGGUGCCAUAUCAACAACCUUCAUCCUCGGCACCUGCUACAGAUCAGCAUCUCUGUACCAUCCUCAACGACGUGCCAUACUACACAUUAAGAACCAAAAACGUAAAAUAAAAGACAAAAACAAGAUAGAAGAUAAGAUCCCAUUUUUCGACUUCAGCACUUUGAAGAGCAAAACAGUUAGGAUCCUUUUGAUUUCAACUGGGAUCAGUGCGUUUGGUAUCAAUACUCCUCUCUUCUAUCUUGCCUACACUGCUGAGAUUGAAGGACUUGGAGAUUACACCAUGUUUCUACAAGUUUAUCUGGGCUUGGCAUGGGCUCUUGGAUGUGGUAUCUUCAGCCUAUUGGUGCUCAACAACAAUACAGAGUGUAGAAUAGCGAGACAGUACCUUUGUCAGACUGCAGUAUUCAUGUGUGGACUGUCGAUUCUAGCUUUUACUGUGGUCAGUGGGAAUUACAGCGCUUACGUGAUGUUUGCUUGGAUUUAUGGAAUAUUCUGUGGGGGAUACCACUACUCUCUGAAGAUGUACACUUACGAGAGAGUGAGAGCAAGGAACUUUGCUAGGACUUGGGGUUUCGUACAGUGUUCACAAGCCAUUCCUAUAGUCAUAGGUGUCCCGUUUUCAGGUUACAUGAACGAAAACUGCGGUGACAGAUCCGGCUACUACUUCAGCUCCACCUGUGUCAUAGUAGGCAGCCUCACCCUCUUCAUGAUAGACGUGCACCGCAGAAACAUCUCCAGGCACAAGCACACAAGAGAGAACGGCACCAAACACCUCUGCGUAUCCGAUACCUGUCCUCAAAGAAGAAAACUCUCCUUCUCCCAAGAGCCCGACAACAAAGACAACGCUCUAGCUGCCACCAACGCAACCCAUCUGGUCUUGGGAGCGGAGAUCCCGGCAAGCCAAACCGGCCUCAUAGACCCCAUGCUCAUCUCCACCGAAAAACCAGAGCUGACCUGCAUCUCUGAGGAAGGCAUAGCAGACAUGGACUUCCCCGACAAUCUGCUAGACGACCUGGACUACAUAGGGGACUGCAUCACUUCUUGUAACAAAGUAGAGAAUUAUUUAAUGUUGAGCGAGUUCGAGAACAAUCUGAUCGCGGAAAUGCCUGUGAUAUUAGACCGGAAGGGCAGGAGGUGGUCUUUGGCUAGGUCCAAGCAGCCUCAGGCCCAGAACGAAGAGAACGGUGUCGGUGACGAAGAGAACGGUAACGCCAAGUGUAAUAACGCUAAAUGGAAGCUGUUUCCUAACAGAGUUAUUACGGUGAUAGAUGAAUCGUCCGUUUAGAUGUUAGGUUAUUUAUUGAAGGAGUGGAUAGCAGGUUUUCGUUUGAACGUUCGAUUAGAUCGUGGAGGGUGGAUUUAUAGGAUCAAACAUACAUUAUUUAGAGCUCCGAGAUACUUUUGAAAAGAUUCAGAAAGUGACAUAUCUUGUAACUAAACACUUCUCAAAAGUAUCUAGUUAUAGAAGAUUUCUGAAGGAAGUUACUUUGGGUAUCUAGUUAGUCUUUAGGCACUUGAACAUCUAUCUUCAGUUACUUUUUCAUGCUAUUCGUUCAGUUUCUU